AUGGAGAGGGGGCAGAAUGGGAUCACAAAGACGAUACCAGGGAUGAGAGGCUUUGGGUACAAGAAGAGGCCGGAGACUGGAGAAAAUUGGGCCCUCUUCAUUAGAGGGCGCAAGACAUCUUAUGAAGAAAGCUUCCGCAGCAGCUUGCUAGCUGAAAAACAGGCCAGGCCUGUUGCCUAUGCUGAAGACAGGUCUCUAGCACAGACAAUCGCAAUAAGAAAUUUUCCAAAGGGAUCCAUGCUGGUCGCAGCCUUUGUCAAGCGGAACACUGGAGGCGAACUUUCUAACGCCUCAGUUAAGAAGCGGGAGAGGCUGCCACCCUCGGCCAUCAGCUACAGAGACCACACUCGCCCUGCGACUCCCCUCUCUGUAUGUAAGAAUUUCCUUACGCACCUUAAUGGGUUCCAUCCUGUGCUCAAAUUCAACUGUGAACUGGAGCAGUCAAAUGAGCUGCUUUGCCUCAACAUGUUAGUUAAGCGAUCUGCCAAUGGGUUCUCUGCUACUGUCUACUGCAAGCCCACUAUCACUGGUCAAUUUACAGGCUGGGAUCCCUACAGUUCCACGUUCCACAAAUUGGCCUUAUUGGCAACCUCCAUCACUCCAGUUCGGUGCGACCAAGACCACACACCAAGCUCUUCACCUGAAUCAGUAACGUGUUCGUCCAUGUUGGCUGCUACCUGUGGAAGAGUAGGGCAAGUUGCAUCAACCUCUGCAGACUUUCCUCCAUUUCAAUAUGACUCGUCUAUGGAGUCCACUUCAGGCAUGUUUCAGUUUUGGAGCAACGAAGCAUUUGGAGGCUCUCACUCAUUUAGCCCCCCGAAGGCUCAGUAUUCUUGUGGAGCAGCACCAUUGGCGCUGGGAUCACGUGAACCUCCCCUGACCCCUCCGGCAGAAUCGAUCUACACUUUUGAGCUAUCUUCUGUGAAGAUUUUGACGACUUCUGUCCCUGCCAGCUCAGCCUAUUCUUAUCCAGAAACUAAUGGGAUUGCUCAGAGCUUUCCCAACUUCAUUCCCAGUUCCUCAGCUUUGCAGUCCAGACGUGUAUCUCCCAGCCAUGCAGAUGAGAUCCCUUGGUGGAGCAUGCAACAGCCCAAUGCUGUCAAUCCUCACCACCUCCAACUUGGAAGACCUAUGACCCUGGGCCAUCAAACCCAAUUGCCAACUACACUUCAAAGUUCUUCCAAAAGUCUUCUAAACUGUUCCAGGCGUUGUAGGAGGUGUAGGUGCCCCAACUGCCAAUCUCCAGGCAACAGUGAAGUGCAGGGUAAGAAGAAACAACAUAUCUGCCAUAUUACAGGCUGUGGGAAAGUCUAUGGAAAGACUUCCCACCUAAAGGCUCACCUGCGCUGGCAUGCUGGGGAGCGCCCCUUUGUUUGCAACUGGCUCUUCUGUGGCAAAAGUUUCACCAGGUCCGACGAGUUGCAGAGACACCUGAGAACGCACACUGGGGAGAAGCGCUUCUGCUGCCAGGAAUGCGGCAAAAGAUUCAUGAGGAGCGACCACCUCUCCAAGCACACCAAAACCCACCAGAACAAGCGGAUGAAACACCACGGAGUGACUCUGGAGAGCAUCAAGAAGGAGUAA